UUGAGUGUGCGUAGAAAAAUACUCCAUCAAGCGCUUCUCCUCUCAGGCUGCUUUUGAUUUUCUAAAGCCAAGAGGCCAAGAAUCGUGCGAGCAAUACAUGUGCAAAAAAGUGACACAAACGCGCGCAUCAAUAGUAGUUUGCAGUGUUUCGCUGACAGAGUAGUUACGUUCUACUAGUGCUUGUUGGGUCGUACGAAAGAAAAACAUCCAACUCAUCUAUUUUACGCUACUUCGAUAACACUGCAGCCAAAGCAGUGAUUUCGUUUUUAAAAUGUUUCUACAGCGAAGGUGAAACGAAUGUUAAACAUGAAGCUCAACUCCUCAGGACACUGAACUAGCAGAUCGGUUCUGGAUCCGAAGGUGUCUAUUAGAAGGUAGAAAACAUUUGGAUAGCAUUCGUCGUUACUCAGCUAGUGCUCAAAUAUGAGGAAUCUAGUUCCGGAUUUGAUAAUUUGCUUCAUAGUUAUAAUAACUAUAACAAUAGUGCAGUUGGUGUCGAACAUUCUCCACGAAAGUCUAGGAGGGAAUCCGAUAGUUCCACCUCUGUCGGAGGCUGCAGCAGGUCAACCAGAAGAAUUAACUCUAUCGCAGCUCAUCGAUCGGAAGUCGAAGGAAUAUUCAUGGCUUCUCAGAUUAUCGAUCAACACGUUCGGCUACCUAUGCGUGCUGAUUCCAGGAUUGCUGAUCUAUAAGUACACCCGUAAAACUAAAUAUCUGGAGCGAUCGGACAAGUCAGCCCUAUCCAAUGUGGUGAGGUUCUGUCUCGGAAACUCCGAAGGAGAUCGUGGGAUUGAUGGAAGAAAUGCAGACAAAGGAGUUGGAUCGAAACGGUCAUCGGUUCAAGAAUGCAUUCUUCUAUUCUACUGUCUAUUUGGAUUGAUGGGAUCGUAUCUUACCUGGGGAGUACUCCAAGAAAAGAUCAUGACACAAGAAUACGAAAACGCCGACAAGAAAAAAGUGCAUUUCAAAGACUCCCAAUUUCUUGUUUUUACGAAUCGAGUUUUGGGCUUCAUGAUAACUGCUGUCUAUUUGACAGUAAAAAGGCAGCUCCGGCAGCGUGCUCCACUUUAUAAAUACUCCUAUGCAUCGUUUUCGAACAUCAUGAGUGCAUGGUUUCAGUACGAAGCUCUGAAAUUCGUUAACUUUCCCACGCAGGUCCUGGCAAAGUCGUGUAAAAUCAUUCCCGUGAUGAUAAUGGGUAAAAUUGUAUCCCGAAACAAAUACGAAUUUUACGAAUACAUAACCGCCAUAAUGAUAUCGGUUGGCAUGAUAUUCUUUUUGACCGGAUCAACGGACGAAUCGAAAACCACGGCCAUGACCACCUUAACCGGAGUCUUACUGCUCACAUUCUACAUGAUUUUCGACAGUUUCACCUCCAACUGGCAAGGCGAACUAUUCAAAACUUACUCCAUGUCAUCAAUCCAGAUGAUGUGCGGUGUCAAUCUCUUCAGUACUCUUUUCACGGCCGCAUCGCUUUACAUGCAAGGGGGCUUCUACAGUUCACUGCAGUUCGCUGCCGAACAUCCAAAAUUCGUCCUAGACUGCAUAGUACUAUCAAUCUCCUCAGCCGUAGGGCAACUUUUCAUUUUCUACACGAUUGCCACCUUCGGCGCGGUGGUUUUCACCAUUAUUAUGACCCUCAGGCAGGCUAUUGCGAUAUUGCUCUCUUGCUUGAUCUACAAACACAGUAUUUCCUUCCUGGGAGUCGUUGGCGUGUUUAUUGUAUUUUUGGCCAUUUUCCUGCGGGUCUACUGCAAUCAACGGCUAAAAGCCAUCAAACGGAGACACGCUGCAGCCGAUGCUGGUGCCGGUAAACCUCGGUUAAACGUAUAAAACUAAUACCAAAACAAAACAUUGAAUAGUGAGUUGGUCUGUACUUGGAGGAAACUUAUUUCAGUUAAUUUUAGUUUUAAUAGGUUUUAAAAGCACAAACGAGUGAUCUAACAGUGAAUAGUAGAAGGACGUAAAUGCAAUGAAGAGCGAACAAAACAGUGAAUUAGCUUUAGUGAUAAUACGCAAAAUUGGUUUGGCGUGCGUACGAACGUAGUAUAAGUAUGUGUUCAGUUUUUGUCUUUGGAAAUAAGCGUUCUCCAGCAGGAUGCAACGCCACGCCCCGCGAUUGAAUGUUGUUGCUUAAUCCGAUUUAUUUAUAAAAGCAAGCGAAUAUAUGAAACAAAAUAAAUUAUUGAAAUGUA